CAAUUCGUAACAGCGACGUUUCGUUACGAGCGACUUUUCGCUACAUGCGACCUUUCAUUACGGCGACCAUUCAGUACUGCGACUUUUUGUUACGGGACUAUUGGUUACAGGGACAUUUCGGUCCAGUGACAGUUCGUAACGGCGACUAUUCAUUACAAGGUCAUCAAAUGAAAAAAAAUUAUUUCUUUAUCUGAAAAAACCUUACAAAGGUUUGAAACUGACAAAACAAAAUGACAGGAAAUUAGCAGGAGCAAGAGCAUUAUAAAAAUCAAGCAUGGCUUGAAUCUACUUUAAUCUUUUAAAUUACUUCAAAAAUGGCGAAAAAAAUUGACUUUACAACAACAAAAAGGGGAAAAAGAGCUUUGCUGUAUGAGGGGUUUCGGUACACAUGUCAACGCCAAGCAGAUGGCGACAAGCCAUCACAAUGGAUGUGCGUUGACCGUACCUGUAAGGGACGAGGACAUCUUUCUGCUGAUGAAAAACAGUGGACUCUGAAGCAGGAACACAAUCAUCUACCUGAAUUUGGGGAAGUUGCGGCAAACAAGGUCAAGUCCGACAUAAAAAUUGCAGCGGAAUCUUCAGGAGCAGUUGAACCCUGUCUCCUUACCCAAAAGGCAUAUGGUGAAGCAAAUGAAGAAACCCUGCAACACCUGCCAAAAGAGAAGUCAAUGAAAAGAACCAUCCAGCGUUCUAGGAGGAAAAAAUAUCCCACAGAGCCGAAAAGCCUUGAUGAGCUUGAACACAUCUCACUGGAAUACCAGGUUAUUGAGAGUGAACAGUGGCUGCAGUAUGACAGCGGCAUUGAUGAAGACAAUCGGGUGCUCAUUUUUGGACGAAAAAGCACGUUGAAGGAAAUGAGCCGAAGCAGAAACUGGCUAGGAGAUGGAACCUUUAAAACGGCUCCUCAUUUAUUUCUUCAAAUCUACAGCCUGCAUUAUGAGCUGCACGGCCAGAUCGAAAAUUCGCAUUUGCGUUCACAAUUGCACGCUAUCCUGGCCCUUCCUUUCCUGCCCGUUGCCGAAGUACCAGAGGGACUCCAGUUGUUGGAAAAGCACACUGAUGCCCUGUUCAAAGAAACUUUGCAAAACGUUUCGGGAACUUUUGUGACACCUUUUUGGGAAAUUGGGAAAGAGAUUUGA